GGUACUUUUGUCAUCUCGCAUGGAGCAGAACCUACCCCGUCUUCACUUGCCGCCACUGUCUUGUUCUUCUAUCUUCCAUUUCCCGCCAAUUAUUUCUUCAUCAGCACAGAGAGAGUUUCUCUAUAGGAAGAAAGAAGAAAAUGGAUAUUCCUGAUUUGGAAGAGCUAGAAUGGCUGGAAUCUCACACUCUGGAGGAUGAAUUCGAAGACGAUUUCGAGCCGCCUUCGUCACCGGAGCAGCUCGACAGGGAUGGGCUUAUCGAGCGACCGACUCUGACCCUCCCUCCAAAGCCCUCGCCGUUCAAGCCUCGGUCUCAAAUUAACCAGAAACGCGUCCGAUCUGACUCCGUUCCAACAACCUUAUGUGUCGAUGACACUAUCGAGCACGAGAAUGGCUCCGGUGGCAAGAGAAGUCGGAUUGAAGUGGGAGAAGAGUUGGAUGUGGAACGUGCUGAGAUCGAGCGGCCGGGAUUGGAUCCGGAUGCGGCGAGUGAUGGCGCGAAUGUGGGGGCUGUGGAGGAUGACGAAGACUGGAUUAAAGAGUUGCCGCCGGAGGAUGUUGUGGAGGAGAUGGAAGAGGAGAGAGAAGAGAGGAUAGUGUCUCGAUUUGCAUCGGAGAUAGAUGGCGAUUGUCUGCCGGUGACAGGGUUGGAUGGAGAGAGAGUGUAUGCGAAGCUGUGUAGAAUAGAAAAGGAUGACGAGGAGAGGAAGAAGAAACUGAAUUUUCGAGGUAGCUUCAAUGGACUUCUUCAGGAACCUGUCAGAGUUCUUAUGCAAAAAGCUGAGCAGGAGGAACUCACAAGGGCUUUGAAAGCAAGUGUUAAUCCAACUGAAGGAGUUCAACAAAAAGAAAAAUUAAUCAAUGAUCAACUUUGGGUGGAUAAGUAUUCUCCAAGUUCAUUUACGGAGCUCCUCAGUGAUGAGCAGACAAACCGUGAGGUUCUCCUUUGGUUGAAACAGUGGGAUUCCUGUGUUUAUGGAUCCGAAAUAAAGAGUACUGCAGAUGAUGUUUUGUUUGCUUUGAGACAACAUUCUUCUGGCUCCCAACAUUCUAGACAAUUCAAGAAGAAUUAUUUCGGAAACAACAUUGACACCAAAUUUAGCAGAGGGAUAAUGAAAGGUGAAGAUGAGUCUGGUAAAGAAAACGAUAUUUCCCAGGGAAUUCAGGAGAGAUGGCACAAGGAGCAGAAAAAUCAUGGUCCUCCAGAGCAAAAGAUUCUGUUGCUUUGUGGUCCUCCUGGGCUUGGAAAGACAACACUUGCACAUGUAGCUGCUAGGCAUUGUGGGUACCGCGCGGUGGAGAUUAAUGCAAGUGAUGAUCGAUCAUCUUCAACCAUUGAAGCUAAAAUCCUUGAUGUGGUUCAAAUGCAUUCAGUUACUGCUGAUUCAAAGCCAAAGUGCUUGGUUAUUGAUGAAAUAGAUGGUGCCCUGGGAGAUGGGAAAGGUGCUGUGGAUGUAAUUCUUAAAUUGUUAUCUUCCGUUGAGAGGAAAAGUGACAGUGGAAAAGGAAAUGUCUCUCAUGUGGCAAAUUCUGGUUGGAAGCCUAACCGAGAGAAACAAAGUACUUCACGGUUAUUGAGGCCUGUCAUAUGUAUUUGUAACGAUCUAUAUGCACCAGCCCUUAGGCCAUUGCGUCAAGUGGCCAAGGUUCACAUCUUUGUCCAACCAACAGCAAGUCGUGUUGUAAACAGGUUGAAGUAUAUUUGUCAUAAAGAAGGAAUGAGGACAAAUUCUCAUACUCUGACAGCCCUGGCAGAGUAUACUGAAUGUGAUAUACGCUCAUGCUUGAACACACUUCAGUUUCUCAACAAGAAGAAGGAACUCCUCAAUGUGAUGGAGAUCAGUUCUCAAGUGGUUGGUCGGAAGGAUGUAGCUAAAAGUACUUACGAUAUAUGGAAAGCAAUCUUCCAAAAGAGAAAGGUGAAACAGUCCAAGAAAUGUGAUAAUUCUGGCUGCAGCACGUCUGGGGAUUUUGACUUUCUAUACACUAUGAUAUCUAACCGUGGUGACUAUGAUUUAAUUUUGGAGGGGGUUCAUGAAAACAUGUUGCAGCUUCGUUCUGUUGAUCCGGUGAUGCAAAAAACUGUGCAAUGUUUGGAUAAUCUAUUGAUUUCAGAUAUAACUCAUCGAUACAUCAUGCGAACACAGAAAAUGUCUCUUCAAGUUUAUCAACCAGCAAUUGCCAUACAUAUACAUAAUCUUAUAGCUCAAGUUGAGAAGAAAGAGAUUGAAUGGCCAAAGUCACUCCAAAGGCUCAGAACAAUUUUUUCUGAAAGGAUGGACAUGUUCCACUCAUGGCAUAACAAAAUAUUACCUCACAUUUCAAGGCAUUUGUCAGCAAAUUCCUUUGUGGAAGAUUCAAUUUCUCCGAUGUUGCACAUCCUAUCGCCGCCUACAUUGAGACCUGUUGCAUUUCAUUUGCUUUCAGAAAAGGAGAAGAGUGAUUUAAACCAGUUGGUAAAUAGCAUGGUCUCCUAUGCUAUAACAUACAAGAAUGUCAAAUCUGGUCAAUCUGCUAGUUUGAGACAUGAAAGUGCUUUAGAUGUAACCACACUUUCGCUUGACCCACCACUUACUGAAUUUAUACGCUUCAAGGAUUACAAUUCAUGUCAUUUCGAACUUGCCUUAGCAGUGAAGCAGGUCUUGGUUCAUGAGGUGGAAAAGCAAAAAAUCCUGCGGAGUAGCCUAUCCAAAACUGGCAAUAUGCACAUGCAAGAGAAUCACGGGGCAGGAAAUAUUAAUACUGAAAGCAGAUUAUUAUCUAAAUCUAGUUCUACGAAUGGAUCGGCUGAAAAGAAAAGGAGUGAGAAAAGUCCUACUUCCAAUAAAACGGGAACUUAUAAAAAUGUUUCUGAGUCAACUAGUUCUACGGUUCAGAAAGCAAAACCAGCAGAAAGAUCCAAAAAGCGUUCUGGUGACCUGACAAGUUUCUUCACUCGGCGUAGCAAAGUGAGCAAUGAAGGCGACUCUCAAGUCACCAGCGACGCCACACAGGAACCUGCAAAAAGGGCAGGAGCUUCACACCCUUUGUUGUUUAAAUUUAAUGAGGGGUUCACAAACGCCGUGAAACGACCUGUGCGAAUUCGGGAGUUCCUUUUGUGAUCUACGCAAGCAUAAAGCAUACACUGUUGUGGUAUGAAUGAUGUAUAGUUAAUAGUUUCAUGCAUAGAUAACUAUUUUGAGUUCUUUCUUUUGUUGUUUUAUGGUAAGAGCAUGUCUAGUGGCCUGCAAAAUAGAUGGUCUUCGAUCAUAACGAGGCUUUUUAUAUUGCAUCCAGCAAAACUUAUCAUCAAAUGGUUUGCAAAUAUAGGCAAAAUAAUGGCAAGAUUUGGCCUCGUGUCAGUGAAGUAAUUCUUUAAGCUUUGAAGAUUAUCUAAUUGUGUAUAAACUAUUGUGUGAUUUUUACAUUUUGACACUUGUGUCGGAUUCUAAACAGAGCCACUUCGCCUCCACAUCAGCUAGUAGAGGCAAAUUUAUG